AUGGGCCAGGAUGGUGACGUGGCUAGCGGUGUGGCCGAAACACGCAGCACAGUCACAGUUGAGCAGCUGAAGUCGCAUCCCACCUUCACUGCGCUGGCCAACGCCGUCGCAGGGGCGACCUGUACGCUGCUUCUACAGCCAAUUGCCUCUCUUCGGACACGUCUACAAUCGCUAAACAUAUACGACCAUGGAAUCUCGGGAGGAAAUCGCAGUAAAUUCGCCGCCAUGAUCCGGUUGAGCUGGAAGGAUGGCAUCUUCAGACUUUAUCGGGGAGGAGGAUGCUCUAUGGUGAUUUCUGGCGCCGGUUGGUUCCUGUUCCGAUACAGCUUCGACAAGAUAUCGCAAUCAAAAAUAAUCGAGUUCGAAAGCAAAAACGCAACCAAGCUCGUGAAUGGAUCGCUAAGCAGUCUGAUUACCACUGCCGUGCUCCACCCUGCAUGGAAUGCAAAGCUGAACAUGGAGUUGCAGACCAGCAGGACCAGGGUCGACGGAUGGCCGCAGUACCGGGGCGCUACGCACUACCUUAUAAACACGUUCAAAAACGACGGUUUACCAGGCCUUUACAAGGGAUGGGAAGCCAACCUCGUUGGGGUUGUGUACUACGGCAUGGUCAUCUGCGUAUACGAGUCGCUUGCGGAAGUCGACUGGCAGCAGAACCGAUUCCUAGAACACGUGCACUACGCGAAGCCCAUAGCGAACGGGAUGGUAGCCAGGAUUGUUCCCACUACUUUGUGCUAUCCGGUUUACGUCAGCAGGACCAUGCAGCAGUGCUUUGCAACGGAACUUUCGCAUCGGAGCCUGUUCCAGGUCUUCAGCUGGACGGUACGGAACAAGGGGCUCAGGGGGCUUUACGCUGGGUUCCAAAUGCAGCUCAUCAAGUCCAUAAUCAGCGGAGGGGUCACAUUCGGAAUAUACGAGGCGCUGCUGGCAUCAGCAGCGCGCUGCUACAAUUUCAUACACGUUUAA